GUGCUCGUCUGGUCACAUUUGACACAGAAAAUGCAAAAAGAGUAAAAGCAAAAAAGAGCGUAGGCGUGACAAGCGAAGAAGAAAAGAGAAACGAAACGGCAUUAUUGCAAAAACUGUUGACAUAGAAAAUACACAAAAAAAAGGAAAAAACGAAAAAUAAAUUGGCAUAUGAAAUAAAGGCAGCAUCAGCAGCAAAAAAAAAUCAAUUAUUCUACGUGUGUGUGUGUGUUGUGUUGUUGUGUACCACCGUGUAUAUUAGUGUGUGUUUGUGUGUAAAAAGACCGAAUCGAAUUCGCAUCGCAACCCUCUCUCUCUCUCCUUCGCUCUCUUGUGCUUACCCCCCUCUCCCUGUCUCACUAAAUGAAUAGUCCUCGUACAAAUGGCGGCGGCGGCAGCCACCAGGGCGGGGGUGGGGCCAUCUCGGCUCUGCCCAGCACACUGGCCCAGUUGGCGCUUAGAGAUAAGCAGGCAGCCGCAUCAGUGACCAGCAACGGCAGCGGCAGCAGCGAAUCCUCCACAGCCGUGGGCAGACCAUCCACACAGCCGCCCAGUGUGCCAUCAUCAGCGGGAGCGGGAGCAGGAGCCGCUGGCAAAUUGGAUCUAUCGGCGGCCACAAAUGGUAAUGGUGAUUCCAAUAAAUUAACGCACGAUCUGCAAGAGAAAGAGUCCUCAUCCCAUACGGGCAUUCAGAAGCCACAGAAGCCACCGCUGCCAGUGCGACAAAAGCCCAUGGAGAUUGCCGGAUAUGUGGGUUUUGCCAACUUACCCAAUCAGGUCUAUCGCAAGGCCGUGAAACGUGGCUUUGAGUUCACCCUCAUGGUGGUCGGCGGCAGCGGUCUUGGCAAAUCCACUCUGAUUAAUUCCAUGUUUCUCUCCGACAUCUACAAUGCGGAACAGUAUCCGGGUCCAUCGUUGAGGAAAAAGAAAACUGUCGCCGUUGAGGCCACCAAAGUGAUGCUCAAAGAAAAUGGCGUCAAUCUCACCCUGACUGUAGUGGACACACCCGGUUUUGGGGAUGCAGUGGAUAAUAGCAAUUGCUGGGUGCCCAUUCUGGAAUUUGUGGAUAGCAAAUAUGAGGAAUAUUUGACAGCGGAAUCGAGAGUAUAUCGCAAGACCAUAUCGGAUAAUCGAGUCCAUUGUUGUCUCUAUUUCAUUGCUCCCUCGGGACAUGGUCUGUUGCCAUUGGAUAUUGCCUGCAUGCAGAGUUUGUCGGAUAAGGUGAAUCUGGUGCCGGUAAUAGCCAAGGCCGAUACCAUGACACCGGAUGAGGUGCAUCUGUUCAAGAAGCAGAUACUUAACGAGAUUGCUCAACAUAAGAUCAAGAUCUAUGAUUUCCCCGCCACCAUAGAAGAUGUUGCCGAGGAAUCAAAGACAACUCAGAAUUUACGUAGUCGUGUGCCAUUUGCAGUUGUCGGAGCCAAUACAAUUAUUGAGCAGGAUGGCAAGAAAAUCCGUGGACGUCGCUAUCCGUGGGGCCUCGUCGAAGUUGAGAAUCUAACGCAUUGCGAUUUUAUAGCCUUGCGAAAUAUGGUCAUACGCACACAUCUUCAGGAUCUGAAGGAUGUGACAAAUAAUGUGCACUAUGAGAAUUAUAGAUGUCGCAAGCUCUCCGAGCUUGGGCUAGUCGAUGGUAAGGCGCGACUCUCCAACAAGAAUCCUCUCACCCAAAUGGAGGAGGAGAAACGUGAACAUGAGCAAAAGAUGAAGAAAAUGGAAGCAGAAAUGGAACAAGUGUUCGAUAUGAAGGUCAAGGAGAAGAUGCAAAAGCUCAAGGAUUCGGAAUUGGAGUUGGCCCGACGGCAUGAGGAGCGUAAAAAGGCAUUGGAAUUGCAGAUACGGGAAUUGGAUGAGAAGCGUCGUGAAUUUGAGCGUGAAAAGAAGGAAUGGGAGGAUGUGAAUCAUGUUACGUUGGAGGAGCUCAAACGACGAAGUCUUGGGGCAAAUAGUAGCACCGACAAUGUCGAUGGCAAGAAGGAGAAGAAGAAGAAGGGUCUGUUCUAAGUCAAUAACAACAACAACAAC